AUCGUGAGGGAGAGCGUGAUGCUGGUCGAUGAGCACUCAUGUACCAAAGAUGAUAAUAGUUUUACCUUUUAAACUCACGUUAUUCUUUUGCAGCAUGAAGAAAGUCUGACGCAUGGAAUGACCAUGGGGCCGCAGGAUAAACGCUGACGAAACUUUGACACGGCAUCCAUGGGAGUGAUGUUGUGUGCGCUUUGGAGUGUGUUUUUUGGGUAGCCUACCGGGGAUGCGCUGGAAUGCCAGCGAACUAGCGGUGACACUUUGUCGUUCCCAGCUCCACACACUGUCUUCUGUCAAGAUAGCGCGUGAAACUACACAAGGGGAGAGGCUGAGCAUCGCCUGAAACAUGAUCCACUUGUCGCGAAUCCUCUCCUCCGAUAGAUAGAUAACGGGAUAUGACAUCUUUGUUGCUGAACUGUCAACGCCUCUGCUCUAAGGGAGCCCAGGGCAGUCUCAACACAAAGGGGAUACAGGUUCUACAGUGUAAAUAAGGUCUCGUGUCAAACUCCUCCACAGCAGUAGCCAGUGACCCCUACUCUGCUCCUCCUCCCCCUCCCCUCCCCUCCCUCCAUCCAGGCCGGCCGCCAGGGACCCAGCCCCCCUGUUCAUGGAUGCCUGGCCGCGCCUGCUGCACACUGGGGCUCCUCCGCUCCCCCUGCAUCUCCACCUCCACCUCCACCACCACCUCCUUCUCCUGCUCCUCUCGCUCCUCCUCCAGCUGCCCCUAAGCUCUCUGGGAGGCCAGGGAACCACCACCACCGCCUCCAGCUCCAAUUCCCACCCUAGCUCCGGAUACUCCCACCCCACCGGAGGCUACUCUCAUCCAGCCGGCGUCUACUCCAACUCCUGGGCCGUGCACGUCAGCGGUGGAGCCCGCGAGGCCGAACGCAUCGCCAGGAAGCACGGCUUCAUCAACCAUGGCAACGUCUUUGGGGACUACUACCACUUCCAGCAUCGCUCUGUGGUGAAACGAUCUCUCUCUGCUCAUCAAGGACUUCAUGUUCGCCUGCACUCGGAACCACAGGUGUUGUGGUUGGAGCAGCAGGUGAUAAAGCAGAGGAGACGACGGGAGGUUUUCACUGAGCCGUCUGAUCCCAAGUUUGCCCAGCAGUGGUACCUGUCAAACCCAAGUCACCAUGACCUGAAUGUGAAGGAGGCGUGGGCACAGGGCUUCACAGGGAAGGGAGUAGUGGUCACCAUCCUGGACGAUGGCAUCGAAAAGGACCAUCCAGACCUGGCACAGAACUAUGAUCCAGAUGCCAGCUACGACGUGAAUGACAGAGACCCGGAUCCACAGCCUCGUUAUACACAGCUCAACGACAACAGACAUGGGACACGCUGUGCAGGGGAGGUGGCGGCAAUGGCCAACAACGGCAUCUGUGGAGUGGGCAUGGCCUACAACGCCAGGAUCGGAGGAGUGCGUAUGCUGGAUGGGGAGGUGACUGACGUGGUGGAGGCGCGCUCUCUGAGCCUCAACAACCAGCACAUCCACAUCUACAGCGCCAGCUGGGGCCCAGAGGAUGAUGGGAAAACCGUGGACGGCCCUGCCAAGCUGGCCAAGGAAGCGUUCCAGAAAGGAGUAGCGGAGGGGCGCGGCGGUCUGGGCUCCAUCUUUGUGUGGGCCUCCGGUAAUGGCGGUCGCGAGCGGGACAGCUGCAACUGUGACGGCUACACCAACUCCAUCUACACGCUGUCCAUCAGCAGCACCACCCAGCUGGGCCGCGUGCCCUGGUACAGCGAGGCCUGCUCCUCCACCCUAGCCACCACCUACAGCUCCGGAGGCACUGAUGAGAAGCAGAUAGUAACUACAGAUCUGCAUCAGAAGUGCACUGACUCCCACACGGGCACGUCUGCCUCUGCUCCACUGGCCGCCGGGGUCAUCGCACUCGCUCUGGAGGCCAACAUGAACCUGACAUGGAGGGACAUGCAGCAUCUGGUGGUACACACCUCAAAACCCGGACACCUCAUCGCCAGUGACUGGAGGACCAAUGGGGUUGGUCGCAGUGUGAGCCACUCCUAUGGCUACGGUUUGCUGGAUGCCAGUGCUAUGGUCUCUCUGGCUCAGAACUGGACAAGCGUUGGACCCCAACAUCAGUGCACCAUUCAUCUCCUUACAGAGCCCAGGGAGUUCCAGGCUCCGCUGGUGUUCAGUAAGAGCGUGGAGGCGUGCUCUGGCCAGGCGGACUACAUCAGCUCUCUGGAGCACGUUCAGGCGCGCCUCUCCCUCUCCUACAAGCACCGAGGGAACCUGGCCAUACACCUCAUCAGCCCCCUGGGCACCCGCUCCACCCUACUGCACCCCAGGCCCCAGGACUUGUCCUCGGAGGGCUUCACUGACUGGGCCUUCAUGAGCACCCACUGCUGGGACGAGGAUCCCCGAGGGGAGUGGACCCUGGAGGUUCAGGAUGCCUCGGGAACCAGCAACUAUGGUGUGCUGUCCCAGUUGACUCUGGUUCUGUAUGGUACUGGGUCCACUGCUGCUGACCCUGCUGUGUCUGAGCUCAGUCGACCAUCUAACAACAGCUGCAAGACCUUUGACCCACAGCAGAUCUGCAUUGAGUGCAGUGCAGGCUUCUCCCUCUUCCUGCAGGGCUGUGUGAAGGUGUGUCCGCCGGGCUGGGUGUCCGGGCCCCAGCAGCUGAACGUGUCCCUGGAGAGCUGGGUGGAGCAGUCCUCUGUGCAGGCCUGCCUGCCCUGCCACCCCUCCUGCCUCAGCUGCUCCAGUCCGGAGCCCAGCGACUGCCUCUCCUGCCCCACGCACAGCCACCUGCUCCUGGGCGCCUGUCUCAACCAGGGCCCUGUGCAGCGCAAACUACCCACGGACGGAGCUGGAGACAUGAUCGAGGAGGAGGAAGGGGAGGAGGAGAGGAAGACAGGAGGAGGAGGAGGGGUGAGAGGAGGAAGAGUGGAGCCUGCUCCUCGUGGGGAGUCGUCCGGCCGGCUGCCCGCGCUGGUGGCUGUGCUCAGCUGUGCCUUCAUCCUGGCUGCCAUUGGUGGCGUCAUUCUCCUGCUGCUGCAGACGCGCUCCUCUUACUCUGGCGCCCCCGGUUGCCGGAGGACUAAACUGCCCUCGCUGGCGUCGGCCGGCGAAGGGCUCCGAGUGGGCCUGGGACUGGGGCUAGGGAUGGGGCUGGGACUGGGGGGUCGUGAUGGGGGAGGCUUGGGCGCCAGGGUGUCCUACCGGGGAAUCCCCACUGUGUGGGGGGACGAGGAACUAGCCGAGGCGGACUGUGGCUCGGACUCUGAGGAGAAUGAGGAGUUUGACUUGCAGAGCGAGAGGACGGCCUUCAUCAGGACUCAGAGCUCUCUGUAGGCCUCCACACACUCACACAUCCCCCUGCCAGGAUCCUCCUCAUCCUCCCCCAUCUUCAAAGUAAAACUUCGUCAUCCUCAUCCUUCAUCUUCUUCACCACAGAAACACAGAAUCUAUUCAUCCUCUUUGUAGCAAAGAGGAGGACAUAUGCCCCGCCUAGCCUUGAACCCGGGCCUUUGGGGUAUCAAACUAACACUCUGACUAGACGUGGCACCAAAGUGCCAAGCCCGUUGGCAUGACAGGCAGACGACACCUACCACCGUUCAUGAUGGUCACUCCAUCAAUACCUUUCUUUGUGUUUGCAAAGCUUUCCUCCAUCUUCAUCAUGAAGCAGCAAAAACCUUCAUCCUCUUCCUCUUACUUCUCAACUUCACAAAACCUUCUCAUCCUCGGC